AUGGCGAACAUCAAGAAAUACGAGAUCACCGAGCCAUAUCUGAGCCUCAACUGCGGUCUGGGCGAGGCACCUUUCUGGGAAAAGACUAGAGACAGUCUGCGGUUCGUAGACAUCGUCAAUCGAAAGGUGCACUUUGUCAACCUGUCGAAAGGACCGUCUUCCCAUAAACAGAUCGAUCUCGAGUUCUCAAUAGCUACGACCGCAGACAUUGAGGGCAAUGACGAGGAGUUCAUCUUCGGUGGCAAAUGGGGCUACGGAAUCAUGCAUAGAGACACGGGCAAGGUGCGAUGGAUCAAGAAGAUGUGGACAGAUGCCGAAAGGCAAGACGAUGGCGGCGGCAAGCCUGGCGUUGGCAAGAACCGGGAGGAGAGGAUGAGGAGCAACGACGGCGCGGUUGAUUCGAGAGGUCGGUACUGGGUUGGCACUAUGAACGACGAUGCUCUCGUGGGCAACAACUUCACCGACGAAGGAGUGCUCUUCCGCCUGGACGACGAUCUGAGCAUCCAUCGUGUCAUCGAAGGCGCAACCAUCCCCAACGGGACAUCCUGGAGCCUGGACAACAAGACCAUGUACUUCACCGACUCGCCUUCACAGACCAUUACGGCAUAUCCCUACAAUCCUGAAACCGGAGAGAUCUCAAAAAGCGAAGGCAAGCCCUUCUUCAAAACCGAACAAGGCGUUCCAGACGGCCAUUGCCAGGACGAAGAAGGUUGUCUCUGGGUAGCAAACCAUGGCGCCGGCAAAGUGUGGCGAGUCAAUCCACAGGGCGAGACGAUUGCGCAGGUCGACCUACCGACGAGAUGUGUUACCUGUCCAGCGUUCUGCGGGACCGAGCUCUUCAUUACCACGAUGAAGGAGGUGGACCCGGACAACCAUCCAGAGAGCGUGAAGUUGCAGGGCGCAGUAUUCAAGAUCGAUGUCGGCGUGCGUGGCAGUCCGCUGAACAAGUUCAAGAUGUCGACGAGGGCAUGA